CCUCGCCGCCACCGCCGCUUCCAGGCAGGGCCGGCGGCUGUUGCGGCGCUCCGGGGCGGGCGCACGGCGCCGUGGGGCCGCCCCCGCCCCGCAGAGGGGCCCAGCGCCGGGCGGGCGUGCCUGGGGUGGCGGCGGCUCGGCAUCGUCUCCUCCCGUCCCGGGGAGCCCCGGCGGGAGGGGAGGGGCGGCCCGGCUCCCCUCGGCCCCGGCUUUCCUCAGCCGCCGCGGUGAGCGGUGUGUCCGUUCCCAGGCCCGGGAGCUCCCCAGAGUAACAGAGGGCAAGAAGCUGGCAGGAAGGAGCCGGGUUCAGGAUGGGUUUCCCUAAAGUCGUCCUCCCGGGGGAGGGGACGGCUUCCCGGUUGUAGGGCGCUGUGCUGCUAUUAGUGCGUGAGAGCAGCUUGGCAGGGGGGGAACGGCGGGAGAUGGAGGGAUCCGGUCGGGGAGGGACGUCUGUGCUGCUCCGGAGCUACGGGGGACAUCUCCAGACCGCCUCGACUCGCAGCUCAGCUGAUUGAGCUGCCCGCGCCGUGCGGCCGGACGGGAACGCGGGGCAACAAGUGCUGCGGCUGCUGCUUCGCUGCUGGGUUCCAUCGCUUUGUACGAUACGCCGAGCUGACAAACUUAACUCUGGGUUUGAAGAUGCACUUUAAAAUUCUCCAGUGCUGUUUUUUUUUCUAGAUGUAAUGAUAUAAUUACCAGUUACAGUAUAGGAAGCAACAAUGAAAUAAACAGAAACAAAAAGAGCUGUGAGUUAAAAGUGAACGUCUGAAUGCACUGAUAGAAGUUACUGCUCCUUUUUUAUAGAAUCCCCUCUUGGUCCCCCAGCUGUGCCCUCCUGACUUCAUUUCACCCAUGCGUGCUGGAAUCACACCGCCAAUACAUGCAUCCGUGUAGGUUUGUGCUAGAAGUCCAUGACAUAAACUACAGAGUUUGCUCACGAAUGUGGGACUUCUUAGCAUGUGCUACAGGUCUGUGCACAGCCUUCACGUAGGCAAUGAGCACCUGUGUGCAGGUAAUUCAAACUGCCCAGCUGUUUCUGUAGCUUCAGCAGCACUUAUUGCAUGUGCAUAGGAAAGUCUCUGAAAGUCAUCAGUGUUAGAAGCAGCUACCCAGCUCUGUCCUAAGCUUUACAUACAAGAUAGAGGCCAGAGUCUGACUCCUGGCACAGGAGCUGAGGGACACCGAGCAAAACUGGCAGAUGGCAGGUUCAGAAUGAAUGAAAGAAAUUGCUUUGCAGAGCUGUUCAGCUGUGGAACACCUUGGCAAGAGGGUGCCGUGCGAACGGGAGGAUUUUAAAGUGAUUAGAUGAAGUCACAGGAGAGAAAUCUCUCAAGGGCUAUUGAGUGCAGUGAAUCUGGCUCUGGAAAUCCCAAAGCUGUAAAUGGCUUGUGUCUGGGAGAGCAUCCCAGGGCAAAACUUCUGCGUGUGUGCCCUGGUUUUGUGUGCCUUAGGUAUCCAGUCUUGGUGACUGCAGGGUGUCUCACUGGGCCUGUUGGGGCUGUCCUGGUGUUCUUGCUGUGUCCACACUCCCACUUAGUCUGUAAACGAUCCGGCUCUGUUGUGUCAGCAUACCAUUUUGGUACAUGUAAGGGGCUUGUCUAUGCAAAGAAGAAAUUUGGGAGAAAGGGAAGACAUGAAUUUUAAGCAUUUUACUGUCUGGAGGUUUUUAUUUUAAAAUGAUUUUUAAACUAAAAGGUUUUUAUGUGUGUGGUUUUUGUUAUGUAGGAAGCUGUUGCAAGUCUUUUGCUUUAGUCAGUUUUCUGUAUAAACAAAUAACCCUGACAAAGGUUGUUCCAAUUAACUGUUGACAUAUUUAAUUUGUCAAAGUGUUGUCCUUUUGUUUCCUCUGCACAUCUGUUUUGUCCUAGAAAGCGGCAUGCAGUCUGCAUAUCAGGGAGCACGGUCAGUGUAGCUUUAACCACUCCAGCCUGGUAAGCAGUCCCUUACAGCCCGUCCACAUCAGCCCCACCUGCAUGGAUGCAGGAUUUUCAUUGGCCUCAGUGAGUGUUGGAUUGGGCUGGAGAUAUUCACUCAAAGUCAUUUCAUUUCUUUGUUCUUUUUUUAUCCCCAGCCCAUUUUAGUUUUUUUUUACUUCCUUCCUUUUAGAGAGGUGCAGUUUAGGACUAGACAUUCCAGUUCGCCAGAGACGUGUUGCUACUGAGGCCCAUAGCUAUGGGGGACACCCAUCAGUCCACUCAUUAUGUUAAUUACUACUCACUUAAAGGUUACCUGGUUGAGGCUGGUAAUAGACAGCCAACUUGCCCAUAAAGGUUGCGCGUAGCAGGAGAGCUCUGAAACCCAAGACAAACGCUCUUUGCUGCUCUGAGGGAUUUCAGCAUUCUGAUCCCGUUCUGAUCCCGACAGGGGAUGGGUGCCAAGUGGGUGCUUGGCCAUGGGCAGGGAUCUCAGCUCGGCUCUCAGCACAGCGCUGGGCUCCCACCUGAGUCACGGAGCGCUGCUCAGCGGGAGCGGGCCCUGUGCGUGCAGCGACAGCAAUCCUCCAUGGCUGUCAGCCGAGGGGCUGGGAGCUUGGGGCUGUGCUCUGGUCUAUUAAGCAGCUAUUACUUGAGGGCUUUCCCCUCUUUCCUGAUGUCCUUAAGCAAAUACUCCUUUAGAAGAAGAAAUCGCUUACCGGCCCAUUUAUAAACCAUGGCCAUUUACAUGUCCCAAUAAACUAACUUGUGGGUAGGGACUGGGAAUUAGCUGCAUAUCUCUGUUGCUGUGAGAGGCAGAUGCUCUGACCAGCAUAAUGCAGGUUUUGAUUUAUAAAGUUCUCUAAUCAAUCAAUACGAGAUUGACUGAGGCAAUCAGAUAAUCUGAAUAAUUAAAUGGCUUUUCAGAGACAAAUUAAAAUUUCUUAUACGUACUCCAUCCAUCUAAAUUAUGUCUGGUGUCCAGGAAUAAAUAGGUUGGUUGGUUUGUUUCAGGCCUGUAUCACAAGUGCUUUUUGCUUAUUUCUGGAUCAUUAGAAAAAACAAAUGAUAGGUUUUUACUGUUUCUACAUUGGAAACAGUGCUCACAGAAUGAGAGUGCUUGCUUGCACGCAGAGUAUUUUUGUUUUUGUUUUUUUAAGCUUAGGUGUCUUACAACAUCAGAGGAGUUCCGGUGUUAUUCUUAUAAAUGCUUCUCUUCAUUUAUUUGCUUUUGACCCCCUUUGUGCUUUCCAACAUGACACCUUCUUCACCUCUGCAUGAGGUAAGACUGAGAAUCCACGGACCUUCUCCAACAGCUUCCCUUUUUGAUGAACUGCUAUAGAGCACGUCUGCCCUGCUGAGGGAGGGGGAAGGGUCGGAAGGAGCAACAAGUGUAUUUCUUUUAUUUUCUGUAUCAGAGCAUGGUGGAAGAGGCCAGGGUUGUGAGGGCACGGGGAGCAGAGUUUCCUUGGGGUAAGUGGAAGUAAAAAUAAUUCACAGGUACUCCUCAAGGUGUGUUCUCAGGGCUGGUUCAACUCCACCUCAGCCUGCAGUGCAAGAGGUGUGGCAGAGCCGCCACAUCGUCCACCCCCGGCUUCCGGCCCCACGGCCGCUCCUUCUGCUCUUUGCCCUCACCAGGGCUCACGUGGCCUCGUGGGGAUCCAGGAACUGCGUCUGGCUGAGAGCUGAAUUUAAAAAGUCAUCCUUGAGGGUCCAAGGGAGAGGUGUGAAUGCACAGGGGGUCUCUGAGCUUGAUGUGAAAAACCCUGAAACCAGAUCUGUAAGACAGGACAGAACACUUGGUCCUGAGCUAGCAUUUGCCCAUGAAAAGGGUUCCUACAAGCACUUGUAAAUGAAUAUCGUGUCCAUCUCCUCCACCCUCAAUUAGUCAUCGCAUAACCAAGCUACAUGCGUUUAGUCCUUUUCAUCUUUCUUCUUGUCAAGCCCUUUAGCCUGUCCCCCUCACCUACUCAUCCCACCAAUCAUUUUAAUUAAUCUCUGAAUUUCUUUGAAACUACUACUUUGUGGAAUGGAGGAAAAUGAGUAGGUUACAGAGACAAGAUUGUGAAUGAUGGAGGUGGGGCAAAGUUAGGAGACUUUGCAAGACCUGUUGGGUUACCUCUGGGGCAGGACGGCAAUGCUGGAUGUAAACAGAGAGAGAGUAUAGAAGUGAGGGAGGAACCACUAAAAACAGUUGUUGGGUUUUUUUCAUUUUAUUAAGAAUACUGUUGGAGCAUUUCAAACCUUGGAUGUUUUAUGUGCAGCAAAAAAUGAGUGAAAGAUGUGAUAUGAAUGUCUUUAAAGUGGAGAGGAUGACCUUCUGUUUAGUUAUUUGUAUUACAUUGCUUGCUGUUAUUUUUUUUCCAUUCCUUGCUAGCUUCAUAGAGGCUUUGAGUUAUCACUGCAGUUACUCAGAAAUAUAUUUUCAAAUAAUGAAUUAACUUUUUUUUGUUAUUCAAACAGCUCUAUGUAUUUGCAUAAUUUCUGAUGAAAAACCUGGCUGAAUAGAAGCUAGCUACUUUAUUUAGAGCAUAUCCAGUGUUCUGAGAAAUGGAGAGUUGGGCAAAGUUCCUAUCCUGUGGAUCUUACACUUAAACAAUCCCCAGCACAUGACCAAGGCUGGCAGAAAGGCAGCUGAUCCACAGUGGGAGCCCAAAGAGUGAAGAGAGUUUGAAGGAUGCUCGAAGUGGUGGCUCAGAAGCAGACUGUUCGGUCUCCAGUGACUCAGAUGAGAAGUGCAGUGGGUCUCAUCCAGAUGAACCAGGUACCCUUCGAUCUCUGAGUCCUCCAAUGGUCUUGCAAUGGCACUCUUUUUCUGCCAUGAAAACGUGGGAAUCCCUGAUUUAAGGCUAAUCCCAUGAAUUGCUAAAUGGCCUCAUGCCCACUGACUCAGGAAAGCGUACAUAAACUGGGUAAAUCCACCUUUCUCUCCCUGGCCACUUCCAUGCUAGGGCUGAGCAUGCAGUGCCAAAAGGAAAGGACAGAAUGCUCUGGCAGACAGACAUGCAGGAUUUCCUCCCUGCUGCCCUUCAUGAUGCUCUGCCAACUCCCAAGGACAGCCCCUAGCAAUCAAUUCAUUUUCCUGGACAUAAUUUUAGAAAAGACCUGGGAGGAAGAAAACCUUUCCUGACGCUUUUUUUAAUGGAAUGAACUAAUUUCUGGAUCUCAUAUCUGGAACAACCGUUCUGCUUGCUACGAGGUGAACACGGGGGACCUAAGGUGAGGAACUGAGCUCUGACCCUCUGUCCAACAUCAACACACACUCCUGAAAUGGCUUCUGCUCUUCAUCUUUCUCACCCUGCAUAAGAGACCUUGGGGCGGUCUGGAGACAUGGUAGGAAGAACCUGUGCACAGUGUGAAGCAGCACAGCCUCCGGCUGCUCCAUGGAUACCACUGAUGUGAGGAAGGGCUUUCUGCAAGGAGUUGAGGGGGAGCAGAUGUAUCAGACAGUUUGGAAGUUGCGAUACAAAGGCAUUUUGCAAGAAGAUGGCUUAGGCUGAGUGAGAAGCCUGGCAGGAGGUUGAAUUUGCUGGAAUUUGUUUUCAGGAGGAGACUUAUACACAGCAUUUAGUUCUUUUGUGACUGAAUCUAAAAUCAUUUGGUGUUUUCUAUUUGUCAGAAAGCCCUGGUUCUUCUGUCAUCUGAUUAUGUGAGGCUUUCAGCCUUCAAUUAAAAAUAAUUCUUCUGGUUCUUCGGGUCAUAGAGAAAAUCUUCACCACAGAUAAUCCAGUUUGAAAGCUGAACGCCUGGAGUGCAAACUGCAUCCCUUGGGGCAACAUGUGGGUUUCCUGGCAGUAUUCACUGUCUGAUGUUUUUAGAAGUCAUCAAGACCCAAUCAGAGCUGCAAAACAUAUUUGGGUUUUUAGGCCAUGUAAUUUACCUAAAAUGUGGUAAAUCUGUGGGAGGAAGAUGGAACAGCCCAGAAAUGGCAUCGUUUUGACACAUGGAAGACAGUGAUUCAGAUAUUUCACAGGUACAUGGGCUACUGCAAAUCUGCAGCUCAUGAAACAACUUGACAGUGCUUAGAGAAGAAAAGGGAAUGUCGGUCCCCUUUCCAUCUUGCCAACUGGUCAUUUUGUUUUGCUGCACAAGCAGAGGGCUCAAGGAAGAGGCUUUACUGAAAAUGCACAGUAAGAAGCAGACAUCAGUGAAAUACUAUGUUGGAAUUGAUGUUGGAUCAGCAAGUGUUCGUGCAGCUUUGGUGGAUGAGUUUGGGACAGUAGUGACACAUGCAGAACAACCAAUACAAAUCUGGGAACCUCAACCAGACCACUAUGAACAAUCCUCUGCUGACAUAUGGGCUGCUUGUUGUGUAGUCACCAAGAAAGUUGUCUGUGGUGUUGAUGCCAGACAGAUUCGAGGGGUUGGAUUUGACGCUACGUGCUCCCUUGUUGUUGUGGAUAAACAGUUCCAACCUUUAGCUGUCAACUCACAAGGGCAAAACAAUAGGAAUGUUAUUAUGUGGAUGGACCAUCGUGCAGUCAGUCAAGUAGACCGAAUCAAUGCAACGCAACACAGGAUUUUGAACUAUGUUGGGGGAGUGAUGUCUGUGGAAAUGCAGCCUCCUAAGUUGUUGUGGAUAAAGGAAAACUUACGAGAGUCAUGCUGGGAGAAGGCAGGCUACUUCUUUGAUCUUCCAGAUUUCUUAUCUUGGAAAGCCACAGGUGUCACUGCAAGGUCCUUAUGUACACUAGUGUGCAAGUGGACGUACACUUCAGAUGGAGGUUGGGAUGAUAGUUUCUGGAAGAUAAUUGGCUUGGAAGAUUUGGUGAAGGAUAAAUAUGAAAAAAUAGGAAACCACGUCUUGUCUCCUGGAGAGUCUGUUGGAAAAGGUCUAACGCCAGAAGCUGCAAAAGAACUCGGUCUCCCCGAAGGGAUUGCUGUGGCAGCAUCUCUCAUUGAUGCACAUGCUGGAGGACUAGGAGUAAUUGGAGCAGAUGUGAGAGGACAUAACCUGCCAUGUGAAAACCAGCCAGUUACAUCACGAGUUGCUCUGAUCUGUGGAACAUCUUCGUGCCACAUGGGGGUCAGUGAAACACCUAUUUUUGUUCCUGGUGUGUGGGGGCCUUAUUUCUCUGCCAUGGUACCUGGAUUGUGGCUGAAUGAAGGAGGUCAAAGUGCUACAGGAAAACUGAUAGAGCAUGUGGUCCAAGGUCAUGUUGCCUUCCCGGAAUUACAGUCCAAAGCUGCAGCCAGUGCUCAAAGUAUAUAUACAUACUUGAACAGUCACCUGGAUCUGAUUAAGAAAUCCUUGCCUGUGGGUUUCCUCACUGUUGAUUUACAUGUUUGGCCAGAUUUCCAUGGAAACAGAUCUCCCUUAACAGAUCUGACACUAAAGGGCAUGGUUGUUGGACUGACACUGUCUCGGGGUCUGGAUGAACUUGCCCUUAUCUACUUGGCCACGAUUCAAGCAGUUGCUUUAGGAACAAGACAUAUUUUGGAAGCUAUGGAGGCUGCAGGCCAUCAUAUCAACACCCUGUUCCUGUGUGGUGGGCUGAGCAAGAACCCCCUCUUUGUGCAGAUGCACGCUGACAUUACUGGCAAGCCUGUUGUCCUGUCCAAAGAAGUGGAGUCUGUUCUGGUGGGUGCUGCUAUUCUUGGAGCUUGUGCUUCUGGGGAUUUUGCAUCUAUACAGGAGGCCAUGGCAAAAAUGGGAAAAAUCGGGCAAGUCGUGCGACCUAACCACGAACAUAAAAGAUUUUAUGACAAGAAAUAUGAAGUAUUUUUGAAACUUGUGGAACAUCAGAGAGAGUAUCGCUCCAUCAUGAAAAGCUCCUAAUCCAGUGGCAUCUUCUGGGAACGGCAGGGAUAAAUGCCUACGACGAGGCUAAUUUCAUCUUACUGUACCAUCCAUUGUAAAAAUACGAUGUUAUCAUUUUAAAUGUCCAUUUUUGUUGUUAAGGAGAAAUAAAAUGCACUCAAUUCA